AUGAUCGACCUGGGAACCUACACCAAACCCCUAGCCUACCUAGGCCUUUUCACCCUCGCAAAAACCGUCUUUUCCAUAACCCGCCAAGCAACAAACUUCCUCCUCCCCAGCACCCUCCUCAAACGCUACAACCCCACCCAAACAAACUGGGCCCUCGUCACCGGUGCAACAGACGGGAUAGGUUUUGGCUUCGCUCAGGAGCUCUGCGCGCGCGGUUUCAACGUUAUAAUACACGGUCGGAACAGUGAGAAACUCGAGCGUCGUCGUCGCGAACUCGAAGCGCUCUUCCCCGCAGUCUAUGUUGCUGUACUUGUGCGCGAUGCGCAGAAUUUGACUGCUGAUAUCGAUGACGUUGAUGCUGAAGUGCGCGAUAUUAUUCGCUCCAGUAAUCAGAUUGCUGGUUCCAAGGGUGAAGGUGGCAGGCUGACUGUUCUUAUUAACAAUGUCGGUGGUGAGACUAAGCCUGCUACCCUCCUUAGGGAUUAUACUUUUGAGGAUGUGCAGGCGACAAUUUCGCGGAAUGCGGCCUUUGCUACUCACAUUACACGUGUUUUAGGCAAACAGUUGGAAGAGAAUGCCCCUGGUCUCGUGAUGAAUAUUUCUUCGGUUUCGGCGAUCGGACUUCCGUAUAUCACUACUUAUAGCUCUACCAAGGGAUUUGUGGAUACCUUCACAAAGUCGCUGCGCGCGGAGUUUGCAUCUGAAGGGAAGGAGGUCGAGGUUAUGGGACUGCGGGUUGGGGAGGUCAGCACUCCUGGGUACGAUGUGAAGACUAACUUGUUUGUUCCUGUACCUAGAGUGCUGGCUGCUGCUGCCUUGAAUCGUGUUGGGUGUGGACAAGACAUAGUAUGGCCUUUUUUCUGGCAUUGGUUGCAGGGCUUGUCGUUUGAGUAUCUACCGCACUGGGUGUUGAUCAAGUUCGCUGCAAUGAAACUCAGGGCAAUCAGAGCGCAUCUAGAUGCCAAGGCGAAGAGUAGCUGA